AUGGUCCAUAGGAACAAUAAUAAUUCCAAGUCUAACUUGGGUAAUACUACAAGCUCAUUAAUGGAAACUGAGCCCUACGAAUUGCAUGAUCGUGCUUCUUCUGCAAAACAAGAUUUAUAUGAAUAUACAGGUAAGAAUAAUAAAAAGGGUGACAAUACAUUUGAAGUAACGCAAUAUGAAGACGAGGAUAAUGAUACCAAUGGAUUUAUAGAUAAUAGCGAGGAAGCCAACGACAGUGAUAAUGCUGUUAAUAACACUGGUCUUGAGACUAGCAACAAUGAUAACACUGAAGGUAUGCAAAUUCACCCGUUGAAUGAUGAAGAUGAUACAUCCGUUAUAAUAACAUUCAAUCAAAAAAUGUCCCCCUUUGUCUUGGUCUUGACUUUUGUUGCCUCCAUCUCUGGUUUCAUGUUUGGUUAUGAUACAGGUUAUAUUUCCACUGCCUUGAUUUCUGUUGGUACGGAUUUAAGUCACAAGUCUUUGACUUAUGGUAAUAAAGAAAUCAUCACUGCAGCUACCUCGCUAGGUGCAUUGAUCACUUCAACAAUUGCUGGGUUGAGCGCUGAUUAUUUCGGAAGAAGACCAUGUUUGAUGUUUUCCAAUUUAUUAUUCCUUAUCGGUGCCAUAUUACAGGUCACAUCCUUUUAUUUCUGGCAAAUGGUUGUCGGUAGAUUUAUCAUGGGGUUUGGUGUUGGAUUUGGUUCAUUGAUUGCACCCUUGUUUAUUAGCGAGAUUGCGCCUAAACAUAUUAGAGGUCGUUUAACUGUUAUUAAUUCUUUGUGUUUAACAGGUGGCCAGUUAGUCGCAUAUGCUAUUGGUGCUGGUUUGAGUAAAGUUCACAACGGGUGGAGAGGUUUAGUUGGUAUCAGUAUGUUUCCAUCCUUAGUUCAAUUAGUUAUGUUUAUCUUUUUACCAGAUACACCACGUUAUUACGUUAUGAUUGGUAAUUUAGCCAAAGCCAGGGAAGUCUUAAAGAAAAGUUACGUCGAUGCUUCUGAAGACAUUAUCAAUGAGAAAAUCAAAGAAUUAGUUGAGUUGAACAAAUCCAUUCCUGGUAAAAACAUUUUGCAGAAAGGUUGGAAUACAGUUAAAGAGUUGCACACGGUCCCAUCUAAUUUUAGAGCAUUAAUCAUUGGUUGUGCUUUGCAAGGGAUGCAACAGUUUACUGGUUGGAAUGCCUUGAUGUAUUUCAGUGGUACAAUUUUUGAAAGUGUUGGUUUCAAAGAUAGUGCUUCUGUCUCAAUUAUCAUUGCUGCCACCAAUUUUGUGUUUACUACAAUUGCUUUUUUCGUUAUUGAUCGUGUCGGGCGUAGAUUUAUCUUGUUGCUGGGUAUGCCGUUUAUGAUUACUUUUUUGGUUAUCAAUGCCAUUGGUUUCCAUUUCCUUAAUAUGAAAUUUGUGGGCAAUGAUGUUAUCGUGGAAAAUGGUGGGUUUUCUGCAUGGAGGAUUGUGAUUAUUGUUAUGAUGGUUGCUUUUGCAGCAUCAUACGCUAUAGGUAUUGGUACUGUUCCAUGGCAACAAAGUGAGUUGUUUCCACAAGCUGUUAGAGGUGUUGGUACUUCCUACUGUACAGCCACUAAUUGGGCUGGGUCUUUAAUUAUUUCGUCCACAUUUUUGACUAUGUUGAAGACUAUUACUCCAACCGGGACUUUUGCUCUUUUUGCUGCAUUUUCUACGGUUUCAUUAAUUGGUGUUUAUUUCUGUUAUCCUGAAUUAAGUGGAUUAGAAUUAGAAGAGGUUCAAUUGGUAUUAACUGGCGGGUUCCAAAUCAAAGCAUCUACACAAUUGGCAAAGAGAAGAAAAAGAGAGCAUGCCGAUAUGGUGGCCAGACACCAACGUGAAUUGGAGAAUGGUAUCGGUGAUGACCCUGAUGGAAAUGUUUGGGUUACUAAAGAAAAACCAACCGAUGAAAUUAUUGAGUCAAAUAUAUAG